GCAAGCCGCGAUCAGUUUCGAUUCUUGCUUCGCAGCGAGAAGUUGUGAUUUCUCGAUCCGAUCGCCGCAUUUUAAGCUUUUGGUGCGUUACUUAGUAGUAUUAACAUGGUUUUUGCUGUUGUUUCUAUGGCUGUUCUGGUGCAUCGGCACGUUCCCAAAAAACGUUAAUGAAAAAACGAGCCAAGUGAGCGAUUAAAAGUUUCCUGUUCACCAAAUAGCAACAAAUUCAAGGAGCGGCAAACCAAUUUGGACAACAAAAAUAAUCAUAGUGUACAAAGUGGUAAUUUGAAGUGAAUCGUGAUAAGCAAUAUACAGCUGCGCGGAGAAUGGAAUCGCUGAGUACGAUUCUUAUUACAUAAUCGUGCUGGGAAUCACUGCUUUCGCAAAAGCUCCAAACCAAAUAUAUAGUCAGGUUCUUAAGGGCUCAGAAGCUAGCGAGAUGAGCAAACUACAGGUGAUCGUGCACCCGGUGAAGAAAGAAUUCCAGCGCAAAAGCUGCGGUUUCGACCAUGAUACGCCCGAUGAUUUUGUCAAGUCUCAGUGGCAAUCAUGUACCAAGAGUAUGGCCUAUUUGUUUUAUCGCUGGUUCAUGGCCCUGUUCUUUGUGGUUGUGGUAAUAAUCUCAAUGUGGCCAGAAGCGGAUGAUGAAAGCAGUUAUUGGCUAUACUUUAUCUACAUGACCAACUGGGGCAUAUGGAUGUGUAUGUUGACCAACGUCUUGGGUGCUAUUCUAGUCACUAUAUGGCAUUAUCAUCCAGAAUAUGCGGAUAAGCUGUUGAAUAUGAAGAGCUACUUUAGCUAUUUCCGUUUGUAUUGGGGUAUGCACAUCAUAUCUCUGGUCUUGUCCAUCGUCAUCACCAUCAUCUACUGGAGUAUUCUAUAUGAUGCUAAUGAAAGCGCCUUGGACGCCACGAAUGUACUCACUCAUGCAUUCAACUCGAUUUGCAUGUUCAUCGAUCUGUGGAUUGUAGCUCAUCCCCUGCGGUUGCUGCAUAUAUUUCUGCCAGUGCUAUUCGGAGUUGUGUUUGCCAUCUUUUCCUAUAUCUAUCAUUUGUGUGGUGGCAUUAAUAAGAAAGGCAAGCCUUAUAUCUACUAUGUGAUUGACUGGAGCAAACCUCAGAACGCCUUCAUCACGGUCGUUGGCGUACUUUUGUUGUCCUGUUGCAUUUACGUGCUGCUUUUUGCCUUCUUCAAGCUGAGAUUAUUCCUCCAUCGACGCUGUCGAAAUGCAAAUUUCGUACUGCCCACCAGUGCGAAAUCAAAUGGGCAAACUAAUGGACUGGACGAUAAAUCCGGAAAUGGAAUUCAGCACUCACCAUCUCGCAUAUCAAUGGUAUUGGGCAAUUUCGCUGGCUAUGAGAAUCAGGCUUAUUUGCCCACUGGCGAAUUGUCGAAUAAAGGCUAAUAGUUGAGUGCACAAUUUAGUCGGUAGUAUUUAGUCAAAUCAACUUGUAGAAUUUAUGACCAGUGAUAUUAUAUUAUAUUGUUUUGUGUUAAGUAAAUAAAUUCGUUCUGCGGAGUAUUGUUGCUUAACGGCAUUUGAAGGUAAAA